ACUUCCACUUCCGGUAGACUGUUGCUAGGUAACGGCUGGAACGCGCAUCUCCUCCUCGCUCGUGAAUGCUAGCUAACAACUAGCUUCCAGAAGCGGCGGAAACGCGGUUCUGUGUUCGCGGUUCCCCGUGAACUGUGUUGUUGUUAAACCAUGAACGUCAUCAAAGACGGUGAUUAUACGGCGACCGUCUACAAACUGAUUAAAGACUCUCAGUACGGAGAAGCCAUCCACAUCCUAAACGCACAACUGCACAAACACAACAAGUCCAGAGCGGCGCUGUCUCUGCUGGGUUUCUGCUACUACCACCUGCAGGACUUCAGCGGCGCUGCAGAAUGCUACGAGCAGCUCACCCAGCUGCACCCGGAGGUGGAGGAGUACAAGGUCUACCACGCCCAGUCCCUGUAUAAAGCUGGAGCUUACGCCGAAGCAAUGAAGGCGUCCUUCGCUCUGGACAACCCCAGCUCUCACCUGAAGAUGCUCAAGCUGCAGGCCUGCAUCAAAUACUGCGAGGAGGAUUUCAGCGCCGCCAAGUCGCUGCUGGAGCAGCUGCCGCAGGAAGACUCCGACUACGUCUACAACAUGGGCUGCCUGCUCUACCAGGAGGGCAAGUACGAGGACGCCUGCAGGAGCUUCACGGCCGCCGUCGAGGUGCUGGGAUACGUCCCCGCUCUGUACUACAACCUGGCCCUGACCUUCUACAGCCUGAAGAACUUCCCUCAGGCGCUCAAGUACAUCACAGAGAUCAUCGAGCGAGGGAUCCGGGAGCAUCCAGAGCUGAGUGUGGGGGUUUCAACCGAAGGUGCAGACGUGCACAGCGUGGGGAACACGCUGUUACUGCACCAGACCGCGCUGAUCGAGGCCUUCAACCUGAAGGCGGCCAUCGAGUUCCAGCUGAAGAACCUGAAAGGAGCGCAGGAGGCUCUGACAGACAUGCCCCCCCGAUCACAGGAGGAGCUGGACCCGGUGACCCUGCACAACCAGGCCCUCAUGAACAUGGACUCCAGGCCCUCCGAAGGCUUCGAGAAGCUCUCCUUCCUCAUGCAGCAGCCCCCCUUCCCUCCGGUCUGCUUUGGAAACCUGCUGCUGCUUUACUGCAAACACGAGUACUUCGACCUGGUGGCUGACGUUCUGGCAGAAAACGCUCAUCUGACCUACAAGUUCCUGUCUCCGUACAUGUUCGAGUUCCUGGACGCUUCGCAGACCAGCCAGACGGCGCCGGAGGAGGCGUUCAGGAAGUUUGAAGAGAUGAGCGGGAAACUGACGGAGCAGCACCGGAAGCUGACGAAACAGGUGCAGGACGCCCGUUUGUCCCGAGACGAGGAGGCUGAGAAGAAAGCUCUGCAGGAGUACGACGUGAUGCUGGAGAAGUACAUCCCGGUCCUCAUGGGCCAGGCCAAGAUCUACUGGAACCGCGAGAACUUCCAGAUGGUGGAGAAGAUCUUCCGCUCCUCGCUGGACACCUGCAAAGACUCGGACACCUGGAAGCUGAACGUGGCCCACGUGCUCUUCAUGCAGAACAAGUACAAGGAGGCCAUCGGCUUCUACGAGCCCAUCGUCAAGAAGCACUACGACAGCGUGGUGCAGUGUAGCAUUCAGGAGUGUCCCUGCAAGAGCAAACCUUCGAUCCUGAGCGUGAGCGCCGUGGUCCUCGCCAACCUGUGCGUGUCCUACAUCAUGACCAACCAGAACGAGGAGGCUGAGGAGCUGAUGAGGAAGAUCGAGAAAGAGGAGGAGCAGAUCUCCUACGACGACCCGGACAAGAAGGUGUUCCACCUGUGCAUCGUCAACCUGGUGAUCGGGACUCUGUACUGCGCCAAAGGGAACUACGACUUUGGCAUCUCGCGGGUCAUCAAGAGCCUGGAGCCAUACAACAAGAAGCUGGGAACCGACACCUGGUUCUACGCCAAGCGCUGCUUCCUGUCCCUGCUGGAGAACAUGUCCAAACACAUGGUGCUGCUGCGGGACCCCAUGGUCCAGGAGUGCGUCCAGUUCCUGGAGCACUGCGAGGCGUACGGGAAGGAGGUGCCGGCCAUCAUCGAGCAGCCUCUGGAGGAGAACCCGGUCCACAUCGGGAAGAACACCGUCACCUACGAGGCCCGGGUUCUGAAGGCUCUGUUCUACGAGGUGACGGGCUGGAACAAGUGAGGGACGGGUGCAGGGUCGGUUCUGAUCCGAUACAAAGACUCCAUUUCAGAAGAUGUCUUUAUUCAGUAACAUGAUGUCGACGUUCUGUAGGUUUACUGAUGCAGCUAACUCUACAUUAGCAGGACAAUCACAUUCCUGUGUGUAAAUACGGAUCCAAUACAUUUUCAAAAUAAAAGCAUUCAAAAGCA